UAUAUAUAUAGAUUCCUCUCGCCUGAGAUGCUGAAUGGACACAUUUCAGUAACCGGACACUGCGUGUAUAGCGUGUUUUCCUUCAGCCAAUUUUUCCUCAAGUUGAUGUGAGAUGUGGGGCGACUGGUUUUAUCACCAUGGGGGCCAAAAAGAAAGCUCAAAAAUGUAUGCCUGGAUUCAACAGGCUGCUACUUGUGGGGCUGAUAUUCGCUGGCUUUUGCUUGGGGCUUUGGUUUCAAAGCGAGGUGUCCGGGGUCAAAAAUGCGGAGCGAGGCCAUAGUCUCGACAUGAUAGAACUCUUUGAGCAGGAAGCCCAGAAGGCCCAAGACGCCAGUGCUGCAAGGCCCGUAAGGCCACAAGCCUUUCCUACAAGACCUGGCGUCCAGCACAUGAAGGACGAGUUGGAUCAGCUAAAGGAGGACGAUCCUCUUACAAUCGAGAAUCCAGUCCAGGACGACGUGUCACCUGUGGCUUUGGCCGAUCCGGUAGAUGACAGGGACCAGAACGACAAGAGCUUUCAAUCUGCCGGGGCAGCAGUACCGGAGACACCGGGUUCACAGCCUUCUCCGCGUCGACGCCCUUUGAGGGAGCCCAAAGUGACGGUGAAAUCCGUAGACUCUCUCUUGCGGCGUGGAGUUGGUUGCAAUCAUUGUUGCAAUGACGGGGCCAAAAAUGGCCCAUGCUUUGAUGUAGAAGCUUGUGCCGCUGGCGUUUCAGGAGGACGAUAUGCCUUUGUUUAUGCCCACGUGGGGAAUCAUGGCUGGCCAUGGCUCACAUUUCUGGAUAGCAUGCGAGCUCAGAGCUUGAAAUUAGAAGAGCACGGCGGUGUUGCUGACAUCGUCGUUCUGAUGCCUCAGACGGAUAUCCAGCAAUUGGGGUGCCGUCAACGUCGCCUAGUGGAGCGGUACCAGAUUCGACUGAUUGAGGUGCCAUGGACCAUUCCACCGAAGUCGUGGUAUCCGAGCUACUGGUGGCCUGGAAAAGCCGAUGGUUGGUGUGGUCCACAAGACCUGAUGAGAUUACAUGCCUUGGGCCUGGAUGAGUAUGAUGCGGUCGUUUUCUAUGACCAGGAUGUGGAGUUUCAAGGUGAUAUGACACCCGUGCUGCACUGUGCUGCGCGAGGGUACUUCAUCAGUGCAAGCGGCGGGGUGGGAGAACCCUUCAAUGUGGGAUUCUUUGCCUUGAGGCCCAGCAAGAAGUUGCUCCGUGCAGCUGAAAUUUUCGGUGCAAACGUAAAUUUUUCGAUUGAGACAGGCUGGGGUGACUGUGGGUUCCUGCCUUCCGGAAGCAAGUUUGUUGGUGCUGAAUGUGGGCAAGGUUUCUUCCACACGCUCUUCUACAAGGACUGCAAAGCAGUAAAGAGGGCUCUUGUGGAGGCAGGCUUGCAAGACAUCAAAGGAAAGGCACGUUUGCCUUUGCAGUCUGUCAUGGUUGAUCGAUGCAUUUGGAACUACCAAAAUGAUGGUGAUUGUGGCAAUCAUUUAUUCAACUGCAGCGUCAUCCGAGUGCACCAUAAGCCUACCCACAAGCCUGAGAAUGACAGGUUGUGCGGCAAGCUGAAGUAUCAUCGCGGAGGGUGGACUGGAGAACCACAGCCUCCUUUCCCACCGCCACCACCGCUGAAAGUGCGGAAAGGGAAGGAGGCCUGUGUGCCGAGUUGUGUGGAGCUUGGGAACAAUUGCAUUUGCAAUGCGCCUAUGCCUCCACCACACCACAUUAAGAAUGUGACUGUGGACGGGCGCCCCGUUCACUGCCAGGAGCAGGUGAGAAGCCCGAGCAAUGAUUUCUUUGCGGUGAAAAUCACUGGAGCAUCGCAAAUCACCAUUCGGCGCCUAGAUGCUGAGUCUUGCUGGUGCGAUGACGUCACCAUUGAAUGUUGCAUGGCGUGAGGACGGACCAAGAAAGGCGGGACAGUCAUGGAUGACAUGGUCUUAAAGGACGAACACGAGAAGUCCAAGAAACAUUUGCCCCCACACUGCAAGUUGGCCGAGCAUAGUGCACAAGACUCCUCCUCCCGGAGAAUGUCAGCGAAGUCAGCCGACUUGACCUACCCAAGCCGAGCGAAAUGUCCGAGUCCAGCGACG